AUGCACUGGGCCACUAUCUGUUCCACCGGCCGCACAGAAGCAGAAUUUAACCAGCAAGGGACCGGUACGGGGCUCUACAUUCAGACAGGCCCGAACCCUGCCUCUGAUUACAUCACCAUUCCAUUGAAGGAGAGCGAGGUCCAGGGUACGAAGUGGACUUUGGGGAAAUGCUUCUACGGCAUGGGCGUGCACUACUGGUACAACCUGAGCGAAGACAUGAGCUGUAACGACUUUGCACCAAUCUUCCUCUUGUACAACAAAGGUAAACUGAACGCGUUUGGCUGGGCGUUCCAGGGCAAUUACCCAUCCACAAGAUAUGAGCAUCCGUCUCAAAACACCUUUGGGCUUUUCAUGAAAGCCGUCCCUAAAUGUCUGAAGACUGUUGGUACGAUUUCUACCCUUCACAUCUAUUUGACCAGAACACCCGCUCUUAACUUCUGUUAGAAGACACUCCAUACUAUCAAGAGAGCAAUGAAAAUGAAUGUGUCUGUGAUUGUUGAAAAUUGAGAAUAAAAUAUGAUUUUAAGACACGAAUAUUCAGUGAGAGGUUGCUUAGUUCCACAGUACUAAUUGAAUUGCUGUAUAUACAGAGAAAUCAAAACGCGCCAUCUGUGGCAUCGAGUAUGAAGGUUUUUCCCCCUUAUAGAUCUUUAGUAUAACUCAGUUUAUUAUACAGUUAAGAGGUAUUAUUCAGCAGUCAAGUAUAUUUGCUUCAGAUGUUAUGUCUGUUCUAAUAUGCUA